GCGAUCAGUGCCCCACCAUCGGAUAAUCAAAUCCAGUCGAAAUGAGAGGCAGUUACAUGAUCCAACCGGCCUGCACAUGCAUUUGACCACAUCACCAAUUGCAUGGCCAUGCAGGGGAGGCACUCUGGCUGCUACAAGCAGAAGCUGAGGAAAGGCCUGUGGUCGCCGGAGGAGGACGAGAAGCUCUUCGACCACAUCACCAAGCAUGGCCAUGGAUGUUGGAGUUCAGUCGCCAAGUUAGCAGGUUUGCAGCGGUGCGGGAAGAGCUGCAGGUUGAGGUGGAUAAACUACCUCAGGCCUGAUCUCAAACGCGGCACGUUCUCGGAGGAGGAGCAGAGGCUCAUAAUCGAGCUCCAUGAACUGCUAGGCAACAGGUGGUCUCAGAUCGCCUCCAGGCUGCCCGGAAGAACAGACAACGAGAUCAAGAACUUCUGGAACUCCUGCAUCAAGAAGAAGCUGAGGCUCCGAGCGGAGAAGCCGCCCGACGACGAGCUAGCCACUCCGUCGAUGAUCGAAAAUUCGAACUGGUUCACCGGCGACAGAAGCAACGGCGGCGACACUUUCAGUACUCCGACUGCAAAUCUACCUCGAGAUGCUUCCUUUCUGCCUUUCCGGUAUUCGGGAACAAUGGAGCUGCAGAGCUGUGCUCCAUGGCCGGCGUUGCCGCCGAAUGAAGGAGCUGAAAUCCACACCGGAGGCGACCCAGAGGACCUCAAGUGGUCGGAGUACCUCGACGGCACCAUCAGAUUCAUGUACGGGAUCGACCAAGGGAGGGAGCAGCAGCAGCUGAAUCUCCAUGUGCAGAAGAACUUCGAAUAAUUUGUCAGGCUGACAAUUUUUAUUUUUAUUUUUUGUGAUUUUUGUUCCCAUUAUUAUUAUUUAUUUUUGUGAUGAUUUAAGAACAAAAGAGAAUCUUGAGUCUGCAUCAGCUUUCCUAUUUCAUAAUAUUGUUUCUGAAGAAUGGCAAUGUCAACU